GGCACUCUCCGUUCCGGCGGCACCUUCUCGCGGAGAAUUACGGGCUCUCACUCUGAAUGCUGACGCCGGUGUGGUUCAUCCUGGUGGCGAUCGCCAUUCCCUGUCAGGCGUACCUGGACGACCGGGUGCUCCUUGAUCAGCACUGGACCGGAUUCAGUCCCACGGUCGGCGGCGCGAGGCGAGAGGAGUCCAAGGCACCCAUCCAGGGUCGCCGCCGACACGCAUCCGCGCGACAAAGUGACAACGAACCCGACAAACGUUCUGCGGGCUUUCACCUGCGCAGUGCCGACAUUGGGCCGCUGAUGGUACGAGAUAUGCGGUCUACCACAGUACGUAACGCGGAGACUUCCCUCCGCUUUCGCAGCGACAAUGUGAGAAGGCCCGAAGUUGCGGAGCGAAGCGUACGCCACGUUCUGAACAAUCUCGAAAGGAUGAGCAGACGAGAAAGGCUUGAUGACGCAAGUGUACGUGGAGGCCGCACCGAGAGAGAUACCUCGAGAACGUUAGAUUUACCAAAGCAAGAACGCGAAAUCGGGGACAGGACACUCCACAGCACAAACGGAAAGGUCUCGCACAGGACGGCCGACGAGCGGCGGAGAACCGCUGCGGACGCACCAACGUGGGUGAAGGAAGAUUCGAGAAGAAGGGUCAGAUCCGCCAAUCGCGAUCUUGUUCUUUCAGGCAGCCGACAGACACCCAGUCGCACAAGCCACUGCGACGAUGGCGCGUCAGUCGUUCGUCAGAGGAAGUCUGUGGAGCGUAUCGAACAUAGGAAUCCGAUUGAACGGCGGGCAUCGAGCUUGGAACGGCUCUCGGGACCCACUGAAACAAGGGAUCAAGGCCGCCAGCUAGACGCAAGGCUCGAGGCGCCUCAUACGCAAGAUGAAAACAACCACGCGUCAAGGAUUGGCGCAGUGCGUCCAGCCUCAAGACGCCAAACACGAGGUAAAAUUAACCGCAACUACCGCGUUCGUGACGCCAUGUACCAAAGCCGUCUGAUCGUGGACCAACGUAACAAUCUCCACGGUUUAGCGAAAACAUUUUCUUUCCGAUCGAAGGCGCUGUCUUCCAGAAACUUAGCUACAGGACGUCAUCAAAUGACUGAUAGGAGACGCAGCGCGACGCUACCAUUACAAGCCAGCACAGAGAGGGACAGAAUAGACAAUAGCCCUCACAACGAAAGGGUGGCAAGUGCAUUAUCUGGGCUUCCAAGACGUGAGAUAAUGCCGCCUAGAAUGAUAUCGGCCGUACGAACACAGAAUCAUAGAGUAGACGGAGACGUGACCCGGAACGUGCGGCAUAUUAGACGUACUGAAACAAGGACGAGCGAACUUCGUUUUUCCUUCCGUGGCACCAGACAACGCGAAGUAAGACGUACUGGCGUCAACAAACGCUACGCCGUUGGUGCUACGGACGAGCGCAGGCCAGUUCGCUUUUUAGCCGAACGUGCACUGCCGAACAUGUCCGAUAAGCGCCAAGAAAGGCACGGCAACUCAUUACCUCUUCUUGAAAGGGUGCGGACUUCAAAAGGGAAGGAAAUUAUGCUGGAAACACGGCACGACCGUAGUUUUAGGCAACAUGACUCCAGGAUCGAUGUACGAUCGAUGUGCGACAGUGAACGUACCAGUUACGUUGUGGACAGAAGCUUCGCGGGCUCAGUACAGCACAAGUGCUCGCGGAAGGUCAGUGAAGUGCGUAGACAGCUGGGCGUCGAUCACGAAAGGCUCGACCGGACGAACACAAGAGAGACAUCAAUCCAAGUUUACCGCGCCAGAUGCCAAAUCUGUAAUGACGACGCGGCUUCGUCUCGCAAUGUUGAACAUGGCCGCCGGCUCUCUACGCCGGUGGACUCUUCGGCAAGGCUUACAAAACGAAGCCGCAACGAGGUUGUUCUUGGGCAAAGCAUCAUUGGGGAAGGCAGGACAAGGGCGCGUGCGAGUGUCACACAACGUUUCCAGUCUGUAGAUCGGGCUGAGAGGCGCCGAGAACUUCGUCACGACAGCAGCGAUGAGCAAAUGCGCUUUGUCGACUCUCGUGAAAGAAUUGUAGUGGACACCAGACGGAACAAUGGUGAAGCCCGGUUAGCUAUCGCGAAAAUGCAAAAUGCUAGACAGAUUCGCGAAGAGUUCGGUUACAAGGCAUCGCGAAGGUCUGCAGACGUGCACAGCCGCCUUAAGACGAACAGUAACGACGCCAUGUUCGACACAACCAGGUCGAUACGCGCCAACAGGCCAGCAGGAGAUAGUUACCGUCAGAGCCUAGAAGAUGCGCGGUCAUCUCUCAUCAGAACGGAGCGAUACAUUUUCGAAAGAAGACAAAGUGACAAGAGGGACAUUGAGGACACUGUGCCCAGCGGUCGCCGUGACAUUGCCAUCACACAUCAGCUUCUUAAGACAGCGCCACAUUCAUCAAGAAGGUUCCAGAACGUUCGUCCAACAGACUUUGGUGGACAGGAGGAACUAAACUACCCUGAAAAGCAUCAGAAGAGCCCGCUGUUUUGGGAUGAACUUACGUCGAGCUAUUUCAGGUCAGACAGCGGCAGCCUGCUCGAGACGGUCCUGACUGUCGGCGUGGUUGCCUUGAUGACCAUGUCGCCAAAAAGGAAGCUCGUGAACUGAUCACAGCUGGAAACCAAACAUGCGCCAGCUCUACGCCGAACCAUUGGGACCCUCCUGCCACACUCCCUGCUUUUUCCAGACCUUACAACACUGAUGAUUUCUUAUAUAGUGAUCCGGUCGGCAAUGCUAUGCACAGCUUCGAUGCAUGCUGUAUAAAAUGACAAAAAAAAAUGCAGAUUAACUUCGACGACCUGUGGCGGCGGUCCUACAAUAGACAUCUCGAACAAAGUAGGUUGCUCCUCUGGUCCAUGAAGUGGUUUGUGUAGUGUUCCUGUAUAUCUCCCAUACAGUAACUUCAAAGUGCACAUAUUAGACUACGCUAUUGCCUCGUUACAUUACGAGGGACAAUGGUCCUGUCAAAACUAAAAAAAAAAGAAUGCCUGCUAGCUUAUGCCAGAACAGCAGUUGGCUAGCAUGUUCGCAAGAACCACUCUAAAAUCUCAGAACGUAUACAUAACCAUCCACUCCCCGAUAUAUUAUGCCCAAUAAUAUAUCGUAUACGUAUACCAUAUGAAAAUAAGCACAAUGAAGCCGCUUACUUCACGUUUAAAUGCGCACCUUUCCAACCUUUUUUAUGACCCCCAACCUCGAUCCGUAUUGCCACGUGUGAGGAUUACCCUUUCACAUAGAGGAAGGGCGUUCCUCUGUGCCCUCUCAUGUAAAUGUGUAUACGCAAAUCAAACCGCUUAAUUACUUCUGAGCAAAAACUAUAGAAAUAAACGCCCAAUAUUCCCAAAUAACCCCGCUUUUUAUUCACAUGCGCAAAAUAGUCAAGACGAUUGCACUGUCCUCAGGCCACACAGCCUUCCCAAGUAAAUUACGUAGCCAAGAUGUGCUUGACUAGGUUCUUUAUAUAUCACUGCAUGAUGGCAUUGAGAUGCUUGUCCCUUAUCAACAUGCCUGGUUCAGGGACCACAGCUUGAUUUUUAUAUUUCAGCAGAUAUGUUCGUUUCUAAGUAUAUAGCAAGCGCAACACAAUUUAUUACGCUGAAAGUAAGAAAAAGGAGCUUUGAUGUGCUGCCUAGCUUAUACAGCCCGAUUAAAAGAAAUCGUGGACAUUAUAAUUUGCAUAGGAAAGCAAAACAACCACAUAAGCAUGAAAUGUAUAUCACAUAAGCAUGAAAUGUAUAUCACUGAUCUGCUAUUUAAUUAGUGAUUUAAAGAUGAUGUUUACGUAGGUGACUUCAGGUCUGUCAUUUUCCAAGGCCGUUCCAUUUGAAAACUUUUCAUACGCGAUUGCGCGUCAAAAUGUCCGCUGCUAAAAUUUCAGACCACCAACUUCAUUUCAUAAAACUGCACCUCACGCGCCUGGGCGGAGGCGUGACGUAGGCGUGACGUAGGCGGACGAUGAUGCAAUCGUCAGUUAACUCGAGCAAGAGCAUUACGGAGACGAAAUUUUGAGAACGGAUAUUACGACCGCACAAUUGCGUAACAACAAAUUUUUAAUGAAAAUGACCUUAGAAAGUGGCAUGCUUUAAAUGCACAAUAUAAACAUACGUCCUAAAAUCUAUUUACAUUACAGUCUCUGUUUAAGUGAACGCCUAUUUAUUAUGUAAUUAAUGUCAACCUCUCUAAAUAAUAUUGCGAGGAGGCAGUCUCCCUCUUUUUUAGCAAGAAAGAGAUGGCGGCAGACGGCCUCUUUUUUUUUUUUCCCCCAAAUAGAAAAAUGCGUAUAAAUGUAUAAAUGUAAAAUUAAAACCGUCAGCGCACUGACAGUUGUUCACGCAAGGCAGGCCGCCAUAUUGAAGAGAACACAGAAUAUGCGGCUGGUCUUAUUUGUGAUGCAGGUGCUCCAUAAAAUACAAAUUACCAAGAAUGGUUUCUCGUCCGAGUCGCAUGGCAUUGCCGACCGCUUACAACUACAGUCUUGUACGCCUGCUGUUAUAUAUGUUCUCUACAAAUGCUUGACCUCAGAAAGUUGAAAUAAAUAUACUGUUGCAUUGCAUAAUCCGUCUAAUCACUUAACCGCCACACACAAAUCUACAUCUCUCUUCGUCAGCAUAUAAUUCUACAGCCACGCCUGCGUCGGCAACUUCAAUUGCAGAAGGUGAGUGACCCGGCGGGUUCGUUUCCCAGCAACGGCGGCUCUAUUUUGAUAGAGGCUAAAUACGAAAACUCUCGUGUAAUAGAU